AUGAUAGAUCUGGUUCCAGGAACCACGGUAAUGAUUUUGGUGACAGAAAAACAGAAUAAAUUAGAUCCGAAGUAUAAGGGAUUCUAUACUGUUGUUAGAAAGACUGCUGCCAAUACUUAUGUAUUGAAAAAUGAAAAGGGAUUUUUAGAACCAAGGAAUUAUCCUCCUUCUUUAUUGAAAAAAGUUUCUGACAAGGUAUUAGAGCAAAAGAAUGACUUUUUUGAAGUCGAAGCAAUUAUUGAGCACAUGAAAGAUGACAAGAACAAUUAUUUGUAUAGAUGCAAAUGGUUGGAUUAUGAUGAGUCUCAUGAUACCUGGGAGCCAGAGGAUCAUUUUACCGAUCCUAAGUUCAUAAAGGAAUACUAG